AUGAAAUGGUCCAUCGCAGUUCUUGCAUUCGCACUGUUUCCGUUGCCCUCGCUGGCCCAAGAGCGAAGCGAGGCCUGGAUGAACAACUGGCCGCAAUGGCGCGGGCCCGAGGCCACCGGGUUCGCCCCCAAUGCCGACCCACCGAUUGAAUGGAGCCAGGACGAAAACAUCAAAUGGAAGAUCGAAGUACCCGGCGACGGCGAUGCCACACCAAUUGUUUGGGGCGACCGCAUCUUCAUCCUCACGGCCAUCGAGACCGACCGCGAAGAAGAGGCUCCGCCGGAGGAAGAAGCCGCGGCCCCCGGCGGUAAUCCUUUCCGCGUCGAGCGGCCCACGCAUUAUCACAAGUUCGUCGUGAUGUGCUUCAACCGCGAGACGGGCGAGUUGAUGUGGGAGAAGCUGGCCGCCGAGUUGGUACCUCACGAAGGCCAUCACCGCGAUCACGGGUUCGCCUCGGCCUCGCCGGUGACCGAUGGUGAAUAUGUGUACGCAUCGUUCGGCUCGCGGGGCAUCUACUGCUACACGGUCGAUGGCGAGUUGGUUUGGGAACGCGACCUGGGCGACAUGUCCGUGUUCCGCUUCUUUGGCGAGGCCACCUCUCCGGUGCUUUAUGACAAUACGCUCAUCGUGAAUUGGGACCACGAAGGCGAAUCGUUCCUGUACGCACUCGACGCCCGCACGGGCGAGACGAAAUGGGAAGUUGCCCGCGAGGAACACACCAGUUGGGCGACGCCGCUCGUUGUUGAGCACGACGGUACCACGCAGAUCGUCGUCAACGGUAUGGGCAAGGCCCGAGGGUACGACUUCAACACCGGCGAAGGGCUAUGGGAGUGUGGCGGUCAGGUGAUGGCCGUAAUCCCCUGCCCCGUCGCUCACAACGGCGUGGUGUACUGCAUGAGCGGUUACCCUGGCAGUGCGAUGUACGCCAUUCCGUUGGGUUCCAAGGGCGAUAUCAGCGACAGUGAUGAGAUUGCCUGGUCGCGGGAUCGCGAUGCCCCCUACUGCCCCUCUCCGCUGCUAUACAAAGACCGCUUGUACUUCAAUAAAACCAACGGCGGUAUUCUCACGGUGUUAGAUGCCGCGACCGGCGAUCCGAUCAUCGAGACUGUUCGCAUGCCGGGCAUCCGAGGGCUGUACGCUUCGCCGGUUGCCGCACAGGGCCGGAUUUACUUCACUAGCCGCGACGGUACCACACUGGUUAUCGACGAUGGGCCCGAGCUGAACGUGCUGGCGACCAACGAACUGGACGAGCCAGUCAAUGCCUCGCCGGCCCUGGUGGGGAAAGAACUGUUCCUUCGCAGGGAUAGUCCAUUGUUUCGACGCAGCGUUUUCUUCACGUUGAUCUUCAUCGUCGCCGUCAGUCUGCUUCCUCGCCUGGCCUCGGCAGCGCCAGAUUGGCUGAACACCGAUGUGCCGGCCGAGGAUGCGAUUUGUUUUGUGCUCUACACCGUGCAAGACAACACACUGAAGAUGACGGCCCAGCUUUACCCCUUGGCCGACGAUGUGGGCCGUGGCGUGCAGUUGGAAGUCGAACGCGAUGGUGCGUGGAAGAAGAUUGCCGAGACCCGCGUCAGUGAGGAACCCUAUGGCUGGCCGCAGGAAGAUGUCAAACGGUGGACCGCUCACUUUCGCGUCGAGUCGUGGGAUAGCACGAAAAACUAUCGUUAUCGCGUCGUGGCGGCCGACGGUGCGGCCACGCUGAUUGGCACGGUGCGGAAAGACCCGGUCGACAAGCGCGAGAUUGUCGUGGCGGCGUUCACCGGCAACUCCAACCGCGAUCGUCGUCUGAAGCCCGAUAUCAUCAAGAACAUCCAGGCCCAAGACCCCGACCUGUUGUUCUUCUCUGGGGAUCAAUCGUACGACCAUAAACUGCACUACCAGGCAUGGCUGUUGUUCGGCCGCGAGUUUGGCGAGAUCACCAAAGACCGCCCGACGGUGACGAUCCCUGACGAUCACGACAUCGGGCAAGGCAAUGUGUGGGGCGAUGCCGGCAGUAAAGCCUCGAGUCCCGCGGGCGACGACGGUGGAUACUUCUACUCCCCGCAAUACGUCAACUCGGUGCAAGACGCCCAGACCUGGCAUUUGCCCGACGCUUACGACCCCACGCCCGUGCAACGUGGCAUCGGGGUUUACUACACGGCUUUAAAGAUUGGGCGAGUUGGCUUUGCCAUUAUCGAAGACCGAAAAUUCAAGACCGGCCCCAACGGUCUAGUGCCGGAGAUCGGCCCCCGGCCCGACCACGUGACCGACGAGUCGUUCGACCGCAAGUCGUUCGAUGUGCCAGAAGCCCGGCUGCUGGGGCAGCGUCAGCUCGACUUCCUUCACGCCUGGGGGCAAGACUGGACCGGCGUCGACAUGAAGGUCGUGCUCUCGCAAACCGUGUUCGCCAAUGCCGCCCAUCGUCAUGGGAAGUACGACUACCGGCUUAUCGCCGACCUCGACAGUAACGGCUGGCCUCAGUCGGGCCGCGAUCGCGCGUUGGAAGAGAUCCGCCGCUGCUAUGGGUUCAUGAUCGGCGGCGAUCAACACCUGGCCACCGUGAUUCAUCACGGCGUGAACGAGUGGCGCGACUCUGGCGUUUCGUUCUGCGUGCCGUCCAUCGUCAACUUCUACAACCGCUGGUGGGAUCCGAAGGAACCGGCCCAGCGCCCGAUUGAAGGAGCCCAGGAACACUUGGGCGACUACCUCGACGGCUUUCAUAACAAAGUCACCAUGCUGGCCUAUGCCAACCCCGACGAAACUCGCGUGAAUAAGUAUGGUGGUGAGUGGGGCGGACGUGCGGCCGGCUAUGGGCUGAUUCGCUUCGACCUGGACACCCGCGAUAUCACGAUGGAGUGCUGGCCCCGCGGAGUGGAUAUUACCGUCGACGAGGGCGAGCAAUACACCGGCUGGCCCAUCACUAUCAAUCAGCUCGAUAACUACGGCCGCGAAGCCUCCGCCUGGUUGCCGACAAUCGAAGUGAAGGGGAUGAAGGAUCCCGUGGUGCAGGUGAUCGACGAGGGGCACGACGAAGUGGUCUACACCCUACGCAUCAAUGGCGACACUUUUCAACCGAAGGUGUUUCGCGAGACCGACUAUACAAUCGUCGUCGGAGAAGCCCCCGAUCGCCUGAAGACCUUCGAGCAUGUGAAGGCUACCAAAGAGAAAAGCGAUGAGGUGAUCGAAGUUGAGUUGCCCUAA